GGCGCAUUUUAGGAUGUGAUUUGACGGGACUAUAAUUACUGGGUAAAAAUGGUGCUUACACUCGCAAUUUUUCGACAGCUGAUUGCUUUCAAAGGUCUUUGAAAAGUCUUUGAAAAUAGGCAGAACAAAUCUUUGAAAGUCUUUGAUUUUUUUUGGUCUUGGAGACUACGAACUUCCUGUUCCUGUAGUUCCUGUUCCUGUAGUUCCUGUUCCUGUAGUUCCUGUUCCUGUAAUUCCUGUUCCUGUAAUUCCUGUUCCUGUUGUAGUGUAGUUCCCGGAUUUCCAAACACCUGCGCGAGCGGGAUAAGCCACAAAAACGAAAGCACAGAAUAUAUAAACGAACGUUAGUUUGAUAAACACUGAAUCACAGAGUAGACACUGACUGAAUCAUUGUCUAUAAACUAGCUAAGCUACAUUUAUAAACAAACUCUUCGACGUUUUUGAAGCAAAGACUUGGCUUGCGAUGGUAGACUGCCCAGCAGAAGCGCCAGAAAGGUCACAAAGGCUCGUUAAUCUUGGAAGGGUAACGUUAUUUGUCGUUUACUUGAUCCAAGUUUGUCUUUUCGUUUCGUUUCUGGUGAAACAUUUGCACAACUAUGCAUAUAUAGCGUGGUUUGCUUGGUUUAUACCAGCAUUUGUUUUGUUCUGUUACUUAUUUUGUAAAGGCGCGAAACCAUACGCUGACAACGACAAGGCUAUUCGGGGCGUUUGGAUUACCUGGGGACUAUACAUCCUUGCUUUAGUCGUUACAGUUGUCACGAUUUUUGCUACAUUCGCACACAAGCUUACUGGAAUCACAGGAAGUGACAAUCUUAGUAUCAACGGACUGGUAGGCACUCUGUGUUUGACUCCAGUAUUGUUAAUCCUCUUGCUACAACUCACGAUUUCCCCAUCCUACCAGAAGCCCGUCCUAUUGUCCUCCCUAUUCGUCGCGUUGAACCUCUUCGACGGCAUCAAAAUGUUGGAAAUGUUUCUGGCGCAAAACGAAGCGGAUUUCGAUUUGAACAUGGCAACCGAAGUAUUCAUUAUCCUCUUUGCCUGCUGUUGUUUCAUUCUCUCGCCUGUUCGACUGGUUCGAACUAAGUUCAUGGCUUAUGGCACGGUGAAAGCUAGAAAGGCAACCUCCUCGGGUGUCGUUAUACUGGAAAUUUUCUUGAUUAACCUACCGUUUUUGGUUCUACGUUGCGUCAUUUGGGGUAAAUACGAAGCUGCUAUCUUUAUGGCAAAGAAUAUUGUUGCUUUAGUCAUUGGCGUGAUCGAGUUCUUGGUCCUUAAAGGGAUUUUGAAAUGGGGCGGAAAUACAACAGGUGAACAUGACGUGGAACAUACUUGAAAACGAUAUACAUACGUAGAAAUCUCACAAUUAACCUGUCAACAAGAUAUGUUCGCAACAGGCUUGUAGCAAGCUUUAACAUCAACAAGUUGUAACAAAGCUGUUAUUUUAUCAAGUUGCUACAAGGUUGUCACUCACAACUUGUCAACAAGAUAUGUUCGCAACAGGCUUGUAGCAAGCUUUAUUAUAUCAACAAGUUGUAACAAUGCUGUUAUUUUAUCAAGUUGCUACAAGGUUGUCACUCACAACUUGUUGACAAAUUGUUGAAUUGAAGAACAUAAGUUGUUGGACAAACUUGUAACAAGUCUGUUGAGCUUAACAAUCUUGUAGCACAAUUUGUCAAAAAGCCGUUGACAACUUGUCAAUAAGCUAGCUAAGGAACAAGCAGUGUCAACACAUCCUGUUGACAAGUUGUUGGAACUCUGCUGGAGGUUUGUUACAACUUGUGUGUUUUUACGUAUGCAUGUGACUAUCCUGAUUAGUAUAGGUAAUCACACAACAUCGCAUGAUUACUUGUUUAUUAUUAGUAUGACAAAAUUGGAUACGUACUUCUCAAUGUCAACAUCAAAUUCUCUCGCCACAGCCCAGUCCUGUCAGACUUUCAACCAAAAUUUGGUGCUUUUGUUUGUAUUUUUAUUUUGUUCUUUUGUUAAAGCAAAAUUUGGUGCUUUUGUUCGUAUUUUCAUCUAGUUCCUCCACGGCAAUUUCAUUUUACGCUUGUGUUUAAAAUAUGUUUCCGCCAUUUUGUUUGUUUUGGGAAAAUCAUUAAUUGUACUGCAGUACAAUUAAUGAAAUAUUAAUAAUGUACUCCUCUCAACCAAUCAGCAUCCAGUAAUUUUGUCAUGCUAAUAAUAAACAAUGUAACUCAAUAAUUUAACAGUAAAUGUUUAGAAGCGAUAUUGAACAUAAAGAUAUUGUGUGUCUGUGCCGUGCCAAAAUACCUAUGAAGUUGAACACUUAGUCUGAGGCGAAGGCGAAGUCGGAUUUGAUACAUUACAUCUUCAAAUACACAAAUGAACCAGUAGGGUAACAAUAUCACAAAUGAAUAUGUAGUAAGAGAAAUGUAAGUUUAACCUUGACGAAAUUCCAU